UGGCAGAUAACAGGGUGCAGGCUGGAGCUGGAGGCUGACACUCCACCGUCCCAGCUGCUCCUCGUGCCCUGACGUCUGUGAGCCGGCUCAUGAUCUCAGGAUGUACGAAAAAAUACUAAUUGCAUUACUAUUGUCAGGUUAUAUUUUGACAUCGACUGCCACCUCUGCACCUCCGACGGACAGCGUUGAUCAAACAUCAGUGGCUGGGACUCCCUUACCCGUUGAACAUACUCCUGCUAAUCCAAGACCAACGGAACUUCCAUUUACAACACGUAAAACCAUCCCACAAGGACCAAGUAAAAUUGAACACAUAUUCUCAGAAGCAGUGGCAAUAGUCAUUAUUUUGGGGGUGAUGGCUGGUGUCAUUGGAACUAUACUCCUUUUUGCUUAUGUUAUUGGCAAACUAACUAAGAAACCUUCACUUAAUGUGCAAUCUACAUUCUCACAUGACCCAGACGCUCCUUUAAGUUCUGUAGAAACAGGAAAUCCAGAAAUAUAAUCAAUGAGAAUCUGCUCACCAAGCCAAAUUUUGGAAGAACUAAAAGGACAUGAGACUUCAGUCAAGUGAAAAGUUAACAUGUAAUCUGGACACGCUAAUAAAUUGUAUACAUUCCUAAAUUGUACAAUUUCAGGAUGAAAAUUUCAUCAUAAUGAGCCCUGUGACUCAAUGAUGGAAAAUGCCUCUACUUGUUAAUAUUUCAAAAUGAAGAACAAAUAGUUUCUUUCAAAUAGUUGCUUUUGUGUGUUAACAUAAUUUUUAUAGUUAAUUGAUUUGGAAUUCUAUUCUAUUGUAUUUUAAUAAUUGUGCUGUCAAGUGAAAGGCUUGUAAUACUAUAGGUAAAAUCUACGUUCUUUUUGCAUUCUAAACUUCUGAAUCUAUUUUCAUUUUAAAUAAAAUCUUAUCAUUUCCUUCAUUACUAAAUAAGCAAGAUAUGCUAAUACACUAAUGGUGAUGAAAUCUUUAGUCCCAAUAAUAAAGUGUGUACUUGGAAAUAAAUGCCUUGCAUACAUAUAUACAUAUAUAUGUGCAGACACAUGUGUGUAUAGACAUAGGCAUAGACAUAGAUAUAUAAAAUGACACUUACAUUCAUCCUUUAAUGCAUAAAUCAAUACAAAAAGUUUUUCCCAUUAAAAUAAGUGAAAUGUUA